AAUGAAUACUCCACAUUAUGAAUGAAAACCUCUUUGCAAACUCCCGGUCUGUGUCUUUACAGUUUCCAUCAGGCCUGGACCUCAUCCCGAAGUGUGUUCACAAGAGUCGCAGCCCUGCAUUUCAAACCAGAAGACGAGUAUUUCGCCAUGAACUCUGACAUGGAUGGUGACAUUGAAAACCAGGUGGAGUUAGAGGAGAAGACCAGACUUAUAAACCAGGUCCUUGAGUUGCAGAAUACUCUUGAGGAUCUCUCAGCUCGGGUGGAUGCAGUAAAAGAAGAAAAUCUGAAGUUAAAAUCAGAGAAUCAGGUUCUUGGGCAGUACAUUGAGAACCUCAUGUCGGCAUCUAGUGUGUUUCAGACCACUGACUCCAAGAGCAAACGGAAGUAAGAGGGCAUCCUCUCUCCCAGAAUCCCUCGUGUAGACGCCAGCCCCACGUAGAUAAACCCUUGCCAUAUCAGCUCAUUUAAACUUUUUUGUUCCUUAUGCCACUAAAAUUAUAAGUGUUUACAUUUAUUUUAUUUAUCAGUAUUAAUGUAUUUUAACGUUUCAUCUUCAAUUUUUAUUUAACAUAUUACAUACUAAAAUCAUUUUAGAAAGAUAUUAACUUGUUA